AUGGUCCACGUGACGGAGGAUCAGGUGAUCCAGUUUUCACUCGAUGAAGUUCAGUCCACUAGGCUCCGUGCCUCCCGCACUCUGCUUGGACGCUUAUUCACGGCUGACCAAAUCUCGACCCUGGAAAUGAGAGAGGCCCUGGUUGAUGCCUGGCAGAUCAAGGGAAGGGUGAAAGUCUCUAUGACAACACACGAGCUCUUCGAAAUCAUGCUUCCUAACGUCGAGGCCAAAAGCUGGGCACUAAAACGAUCCCCAUGGAUUAUCAAAGAUAGAGUCCUUAUUCUCCGGGGCUGGGUUCCAUCGAUCCCGCGGAAGAUUUUCGAGGAACUCUCCAUUGCUCCUUUCCACAUCCAACUAUGGGGUGUGCAAAAGGAUUGUUGCACCAAGCUCUUUGGGCGCAAGUUCGUGGGAGCCGCCAUUGGCCAAGUCCUUGAAUCGGACAUCUUUGCGUGCAAGGAUACAGGGGAGCGAUUCAUCAAAGUCCGAGCAGUUGUUGAUUUUGCAAAACCGCUCCGGUCCCAGUUGAUGGCGGCAAGUGAUGAUAUUGACAAAUUUUGGGUGAACUUGAAAUACGAGUUUCUUCCAAGCUUUUGCUACCAUUGUGGUCGAGUGGGUCACGCUCGUCGCAAAUGCACUUUUGAUCCGCCCAGUGGGCAAGAGCGUUUUGGCCCACAUAUGUCGACCAAGAAGCUGGGUAGGAAGAUUUAUGAUGAAGAUGAAAUUGACAACAUGAGGACAGGUGGCCAUAGGCAAACAGUUUGGGUUAAUCGACAAAUCCAGGGAGACACCAACAAUGCUCGUACUUACGUACGAGGUCGGGAUGAGGUGCGGCCGGUGACUAGGAAAAAUGGGGCGGCGGCAGUUCCUAAGGCUAAGGGUGGCUCUGUUCACGACAGCAAAGCCCAUCAACCCCAGGGAGUGCAAUCCUCGCCGACAAAUAAAAAUGCAAGCCCGAGAGGGUUCCCCAUGAAGAAACCUCCUCGUAUUCAACUUGGGAGGGGUAACCUUCAAAAGCUUGGCCAUGGUGGAGUGCCAACAGAGCACAUGGUGCACGCAAGCGAAGGGACAGAGGUGGGUGCUCUCACUAAUGAGUUGAGCCCGGACCAAUCACUGUUGCAGGGGGACUAUCCGGGCAUCCUCGCGAACACCCGGCGGCGCCGAAUGAUCCUGGUCACGGACUCGGAUGACGACGCCCUCGAGCUUGACAGAGGAGGUGGGGCUGGAUCGAUGGGGAUGAAGAAGGCGACUGUGUCUGGUCUGCAAACACCGAUUGUGGGUCAAGAGUCUGGGCUUGAAAACCCGGCCUGCCCAGCAGGGGGUGACGGCAGGGAGUGGGGAUACCGUGGCUAUUGGGGCCAAGCCCACCGCAGAGAAGGGAUCGGCCCAGCAGGGGCACUCCCAUCGCCCUAA